CUGCCGGGCUCCCGUCCGCCCCGCCUACCCCCGUUGCCGGGUGCUGGCGGCGGCACCAGGCGGCGGCGGCAGGAUGGCAGCGCCCAUCAUCCCCGAGAGCGGCAGCAUUAAAAAAGCAGUGUUGCUCAUUAACAUGAUAGACCCAGGCAAAUUUCCUAGAUUACUCUCCCGCAUCCUUCAGAAGCUUCAUCUAAAGACUGAGAGCAGUUUCAGUGAAGAGGAGGAAGAAAAACUACAAGCUGCGUUUUCAGUGGAGAAGCAAGAUCUUCAUUUAGUCCUUGAAACUAUAUCAUUUAUUUUGGAACAGGCAGUCUAUCAUAACCUGAAACCAGCUAUUCUGCAACAGCAGCUGGAGAGCAUUCACCUUGAUCAAGACAAAGCAGAAGCAUUUGUCAGUGCAUGGACUGCAGCAGGUCAAGAUACAAUUGAAAAGUUCAGGCAGAGGAUUUUGGCCCCUCAAAAGCUUGAGACAAUUGGAUGGCAGCUUAACCUUCAGAUGGCUCAGUCCACCCAAGCGAAACUGAAAUCUCCUCAAGCUGUAUUAGAACUUGGAAUGAGCAAUGAAGAUUCAAAGGGAAAGAACAUAGAUCCAUUACAAUGGGUCUUACCCCCUACUUGCAGCUACUUGGAGGCAGAACCAGACAUGUUGGUCCUGGCAGACUGGGAGUAGUCAUACCUGAGAACCCCCAGCAAAACUGAUCUGCCUCCAGCAGCUGCAAGGAGGAUUUACCAGAACUCCUGGUCAGCACUACAAGAAAACAAAUGAAUACCACAAAAAGGGAUCCUUCUUACUCUUUAAUAUUCAUCUUAUGGGAAGAAGAUAAAGAUAAGAAAAGAUAAAUGGAGAUAUACCCAUCUCCUAGAACUGGAAGGGACCCCGAAGGGUCAUCGAGUCCAGCCCCCUGCCUUCACUAGCAGGACCAAGUACUGAUUUUGCCACAACCCCCAAGUGGCCCCCUCAAGGAUUGAACUCACAACCCUGAGUUUAAGCAGGCCAAUGCUCAAACCACUGAGCUAUCCCUCCACCCCUGAGCAUUGGUUAGCUCUUAUUUAUUCUCAGGAGCUCUGCGACAAGCUUGCUGGAAAUACCACUUCUGAUACUAAGGUAACGGGCUGUUGCAGCUUCCAGUGCAGCAUGUCCAGGUGGGCGUCUCUGACAGGAAUACCUCACUGGCAACAAGUGGAAUAGAGAAGCAGGCAGGAAAAGGUGCAGAAAUGCCUGGGCUAACCAUAUCUCGCUCUUAUAUUGUAGGCAGGCCAUGCCCAAUCUGCUGGGCCAACAGGAUCCUGCACAUUCUGCAGGUGUAAAUUUUCUUCAGAUUCCCUCUUCGGUAAUAUCUUGUCUCAAAACAUGGAGCACUCUCCCUGUGCCCUACAAAGAUGGGGAGGAGAACCUGUAAGGUUAGGGUACCCUCAGUAUCAGAGUCCUCAAAGAUUGAUUUCUCUCUUCUUUCCCCAUCACCACUCCCCUCUCCCCCCUCAAAUCUGAGAAAUUGGGAAAGACAUCAGGGAAGGAUGCUACAGAUUCUGAUUACAGGGGACACUCCUGCAGAGAGAAAUUUCCAAGGUUCAGUUUUCCCAGUAAAACAAGUAAUAAGGGGUGCAGGGAAGUUCACCAUAAUACAAAUUUUUCUGCAGCUCAGCAUCUCCCACAAUGCUGAUAUGUAUGGGCAUUUCCCCUCCCGUCUGCAGUUUCUGGAGGCAGUUCAUAUCUAUAGCACAGCCCAUGAGAGCCAUGUCCCCCUCUCUGGCUUGCUGCCAGAUCUUCUGCCUCAAUGGCAGCAGUCAAGUAACGGUUCACUUUGCUCCUGACUUCUCUUUGCCAGCGUUUUUUUGUCGUCUGUUUUUUUAAGCAUUGGUGAGCAAUUUUUCUUUAGUCUGUCUUCUCUCCCCCAUCCUGGCUUAGGUAUUGAGCACUGAGGUGGUCUCAGUCACCCAGAGCCGGCACUGCAGUGCCUGCCUGCCAGACUUCUCUGUCCCCUUCAGGCAUGGCAGAGCUGUCUUGCAAACAGUAGGCAGUGAGGCAGCUUUCAGAGGCUCUUUAGAAGGCAAAUUAUGCCCUUCCUGUCCUCAGUGAGCUGACCCUGGCAUGUUGGUACAGGCUAAGUCAGACUGGCUGUUGUGGGCCCCAAGGAACUGCGACUCCAACAUAGAAAAGCUCAAGAAGGAAUGACAAAACCAACAGGAAGAGACUCCAAAGAUAAGGAGGACUUCAGCCAGACAGCCCAAGGGGUAAGUCCUUGGACAGAACAGGACCAGAAAGACAAAUCCUUAAGGGGCACCAGGGCAUGUGUGUGUCCCUUUACCCCCAAAGUACUAAAAUGGAUCCUAAGUUGGCCUGGGAGAGAAGCGGGGCUCAUACUUGGCUCCCCUUUUCCCUAAAUUUAGGGAACUCUGACUACAAAACCGCAUAACCCAGCCAAAGGGAGGACACUGAGGGAGACAUAUCCAGAGGGCUCACAGUGCUGCAUAAAGCAAGCCACAAAAGAUUGCAGCUGGGGAAUGACUCCUGCAAAGUGAGCCAAAAAAUCCAGAGAGAGCAAAAAGGAAAAGAAAAGUACAAAAAGCCUAAGAGGUAUUUGUCCUCUGACUCAAACACUCUCCACCCCUCCCACCUGCCCCAGGAAGGGUUACUUUAGGAUAUAGGCUUUGAGCAGGACAUAGUAAAAAUGCAGCAAAGAUUUUCUCUCUUUCAGAUCUUUGAAAGCAUGUGCUGGUAGUAAACACCAAGAACUCCUUGACUCCCUCCAGAGAGAGAUUUCAUCUGGGAGUGAACUUGAAAAAGGAGUAAAUCUCUCCUGGUUUAUAAUCCCCCAAAGUCUUUGUUUAAAAUGUAGUGCAUCUGCUGCUUUCACGUCUUGUGCAAGAGCCACACAUGCAUGGUCAUACUCCCUAUUGCCUGGUGUAUGAUUCAAGAUCAGAAAAAUAUUCUGGACUGGCUGCCUUUUUUAAGAGAGAUUUUUAUUAGCAGUGGCUGUCGUGGGAAAUGCCUCUUCCUCCGCCUUUAACAGCCUAAGAUUUACAGGAAGAGCAAUGAUAUAUAUAUACACAUCAUGGUGUCAUGACAGUUUAAUUAUAACAUAUAUUAUAAACUUUGUUACAACACUAGCUCCACCUAAGGGCAUGGAAAGCUAAUUCGCAGGCAAAACAGGUACUAUUUACUACUAAAUAUCCCAGGGGCAGGCUCUUUAGUGACUUAGUAGGUUGUGCUGCCCUGGAAACCUCCUUUCAGUUAAUUUAAAAAAAAAAAAAAUCUAAGAAGGCCUUUAAGCUCAAAUGGAAAUAUAUACUCUACUGUGGGUCUUGGCACUCUUUGAUCCAAAUGACAGUUAUAUGAGGGACAUCCGUUAGAUGAUUGAACACACCAAGUGACGAGAGACAGAAGGGAUACUGCAGAAAAACCUUCGUUUUCAAGCACACAUGGCUAGAGUCUGACUACAUAAUGUAGUUUCCUAAAGAGGGGACAAGUGGCAGAAGAUGUUGAAGUGUGGGACACUACUACAUCAGAAAAAUGAAUCUGAGGCAGAGAGAUCCAGCCUAACCUUAGGGUUAAAUGCAACCCCUAAACCAAGGUUAAUGACAUUCUAUUAUUCUUCCAAUCAACUGAAACUCCAGACUAUGAAGACUGCAAUAUAUCAUCUUAAAACUGCAGUAAUUUAUCCCCUAGGCAACAAGAAAGCUUAGAAAUAUACUCCAUCUUCUUUUUAGAGCACAAAGCACUCCAAAAACAGAAGGGUGCCUAACCUCAGCUUCUUGAUUUGAUUCUUCUGGAAGCCAUGGUUCAGGACUGAAACCUUAAAUUCCACUUCAGCAACCAUUUCUAAAGGGGAAUUAUUCCCCGCUCUCCCAUCAGCGGAUUGGAAGAACACCUAUCUGCACAUCAUAAUAUGAACCUCCCAUAGUAGACAUGUCGUCUUCACAUGCAACAGACAAUGUUUGUAGUAUGUUGACUUACCUUUUGGCCCACCUGCCUCUCUAAGUGCUUCCCAAAAUACUAGUUAACAUUUUGUUUUCCUUGGACAGAAAAGAAUUCACGUAUAGUCGCUCUAAAAUGACCUGCUCUGCAGAGUACCUUUCCUGCAAGAGGCCCACAUAACAGCCUAGGUUGUAUUCUGAAAUAACAUGGAUUUGUCAACACUCCCAAGAGCCAAACGAUUUCACACAUUUGAUAUUAUUUACGAGAGUUAUCAUAGCUACCAACCUCCACAGAAGUAUUUCUGUCAGGGCAGGAUUCAGAAGCUGGUGGCUGCAAGGCACAAUAGAAUUUGUUAUUCAGUCACAGCUAUGAGUGUUCUGAUGUCUCAGAUUAGAACAAUGGUGUUGCAGAGUGUGGCUGCAUCAUAGCACCCCUUCUGGCUGAUCAUGGCACUGCAGGCUCUCCCAACCUCAGUUUCCCCUCACCCAGGUUUUGUGUCUCCCACAGAUUCAUGUGGCUCAAUUCUCUUUUGGACUAACAGAAGACCAAACUUUAAUACUAUAAUAGGGUGGAAAGCCCUGAAGUCGGGUCAAGAGGACUCUAGGAAAGUAGCCUGGGAGUCUGCACUCUAUCCCAGAGCAGAGAGAGUGAAAGGUAGCCUAGAGGGGCUGAGACUGUAAAAGGGACUCCAGGGAAGAAUUCUGGGAGUCAGCACUCUGUCCCAGAGUGAAGAGACUUUUUGUCCCCCUUUGGUCUCCCCUGAGCCUACCUUCUGUGCUCCCUUUAAGUCUGUCCACUCAGUUAUAGAGCACCGAGUCCCCAGGUAACAUGUUUCCCUUGGAGUACACAGCUUUUUGCAGACCCUGGCUCAGGGCCUUCCACAGAAGCCUGCCCACUCCCUGUGUUUACACAGUCUAGACUGAUCUCACUCAGCCUUUUUAUAAGGUCCAGCUGUCCAUUAAACUAUCACCCAACCCUACUUACCAGCUGGUUGCCCCCUCAGGCUGGGAGCCAGCAAAUCAAUUAUGAUACAGGUAGGGCUGGCUCUAUCUCCCCAUAAAGAGGAAAGUCAGCCUGUGACUGUUGGUCCAUUACACCAAUAUACUAUUGAGUGAGGUUCCACAUGAGUCCACUCUAGAAGCUUCCUAAUUUAUUGAGGCUACAGGACCCAUAAUCUUUGUUCUUCCUUGUCGUGUUGUAAAGAGGUACUCAGAGGGCCAGAGUAUAAAAACUGGAGAGGAUUGGGGGAGCAAAUUGAUGCCACCUUCAAGUGCAGGGAAGCUAAUUCAGGGAACAGUUUCAUCCAAGGUUAAUGGAGGAUCAGAUGUCCAACACAGUAUCAGUUGGAUCAAACUCAGAAUAAUCAGUUAUGCCCUAAGAACUUUAAUUUCAGUUCUGAUCAACCAAGAUCUACAUCUAACAACAUCUUUGCAGUGGCUUUUUUUCAUCAAUCCUGUUAUGAGCAUUUGAACUUCUCUUUUUUUGGGUGAAGGGAGACGGAAUUGGAAAGGGAAGGGGGGAGAGAGAGAGAGAAAUCUGUAUUCUCAAGCACUACACGUAAAUAGGUUAUAAACAUCACACCAGCUGGGUAAGCAGGCAAAGGAUAAAUCCAGAAGAGAAGAAUAUACCUGUCAGGGUCUUCAAAUGGGGAAACAGACCCUGGGUUGCCGCCCUUUGUCAACAGACCUUUUGCAUCCAAGAUACACAAAGAUACUGAAGUCGUGUUCCAGAUAAAGAGAUUUAUAGUCAGGGCAUGAUCAUGGCUACGUUCUUCCCUGGCAAAAAGUAUGACUGUCUUUUUCUCUUCAUAAUGUUGUCCAGGACAUCUUUAAAACAAAAAGGGCAAAAGUAGGCCUCUCGUUAUCCAAAUAAAUCCUGUUUCUUGAACUCAAUUCUGGUAGCACUAAUUUGUUAUGCUACCUUUAUAAGAAGACUUUUCUCUCAAGGACCAAAAUCCACACCCAGGACCCGAGUAAAUAAUAUAACUAUAGAAUCCUGAAGAUGCACCAAUUAAAAUAAGUUAUUCAGAUGUGUUUGUUGCACCUUUAACUUUGAGAAAGUAUUCCACAAAAAGGAAAUAUUCAGGGCCCUGCCAAUAGGUAAGACAUUAGUAUGGAUGGAUCCAGUCAAGACAAGUGCAAAGCAUGUCUUCUUUUGGUGUUCUUACAGUAAAGUCUUAAUACAGGCCUAAAAUCUCAAACUGUAAUAUCUUAGUGGUAACUAUUUCCAGCUCGCUAAAGAUAGUAAGCAGGUUUUGGAUUGCCCUCUUAUCCAGACAUAUGAUUUCUUAUAGCUGCACUUCUCAACUCUGUACAAAUGAGGAGAGGUUCCUCUAGGGAUCUAAAUCUUGUUAUAAACACCGUGGUUAAGCAUUCUUUUGAUCUCUUGUCAGAAGUGCCCUUAGAUUUUCUAUAUUUAAAGAUUGUCAUCUUGGUUGCAAUCACCUUGGAAAGGAGUGUUUUUGGAGGUUACUGAGGAACAGCAGUACUGAGCCUUUCAUGAAGCAAAGUUGUUCUAAAAGCUAAUGCAGCCUUUAGUCCAAAAAUAAUCUGGUUACAAGAUUUUUUGUUUUUCUUUCAUCCUUUUUUUUUUGGUGCAAAAACACCAUUUAAAAUAAAUAAAUUUAAGCAAACCAAUGUUUCACUCACCUCUGGUAUACUCUUGAUGGGAGGAGAGCUCUAAAAACUCAACAUUGAAUACAAUACCCAAUUCAGAAAAUCUCUAACUCUGUUGGGCUCUAAUUUAUUUAUCAUAAAUUUUAAAAGGAUUGGCAAGUCUUCAGUUAUUACAUGGCUAAAGUGGUACUUCUCAGAAAUUAUAAAAGGGAAAAGCUGUUUUUUCCCUUGAACAUUCAUGCUCAUUCAUUCGGGGCCAUGAAAGCUGCCUGGCCUGAAGGGGUAGAUGAAACACACAGAAAGAAUUAUGGGAUGGCUGCCUGGUCCUGUUUCCGCUCUGGGGGUGUGUGUGUGUCUGUGUCUGUCUGUGUACACUCACAGACAUUGCUCCCUCCUUUAAGAAACUCCCUCUCAAAAAUAUAUAUAUAUACAACAUUUAAAUUUUUUGAAUUCAAGCUGUAAUUGAUUACCUGUUGAGAUGACUGGUUUCCUGUGUGGCAACAUCUAAAACAAUAAACCACAUUAUCGAACUU